UAUAGUUUGACUCUAAAUAGUGUACAAGAAGAACCAAAGCAAAAUACGAGUAGUAAAUAAAAUUAUUUUAAAAGAUCCAAAAAAGAAAAGCAAAAAAAGUAGUGGCUUGGGAGGGAGGGAGGGAGGGAUUAAAUUAGGAGGAGAGGGCAAUUUAGUGGGUUUGCAGUGCCUCGGCAGACUGAAACGCUCUCUCACACAUUUUCAUUUGUUGGCUUCUCUCCAUCCUCUGUAUCUCUUUACGUUUCUUCCUCUUUUUUUUCACUCGCUGUAGUGACAAUCUUCCUUCUUUCUCCUUAUUUCUCGCUGUAUUUCAGGCCAUUCAAAGUCCAAAAGGUUGAGAGCCUAACCUAACUCAAGUUGAAAUAUGGCAUCCCCAGCGACAUUGGGUAAAGGACAUUGUAAUGCUUCUUCUCUAAUGGCUUCUUCCUCAGCAGAAAGACUGAAUCUAAAGGCUACAGAAUUGAGGCUUGGUCUUCCCGGAUCCCAAUCUCCAGACCGAGAUGAAGAACUCAACAACAAGCAAGAACCUGGAAAAUUUGAUGAAAAGCCUCUGUUUCCUUUGCUUCCUUCACCCGAUGGAAUAUGCUCAUCUCUCAAGACUUCAGGGAACAAAAGAGGGUUCUUAUACACCAUGGACAGGUUCUUAGAAACAAAGGACUCUAAGGCCACCGAGGCAAAUGAUUGGAUUUUCAAUGCACCCAAAUCUGAUUCUCAGGCUAAUAUGAAGGGCAAGCACGUCGAAGCUAAGGCACCGGUAGUUGGUUGGCCACCUAUUAGAUCAUUUAGGAAGAACACACUGACUUCCACCACUAAGGUUACCGAUGAAGUUGAUGGAAAGCCGGGGCUUGGAUCCCUUUUUGUUAAAGUCAGCAUGGAUGGAGCCCCAUACCUAAGAAAGGUGGAUCUUAGAAAGUAUUCCUCUUACCGACAACUCUCUUCCGGGCUUGAGAAGAUGUUCAGCUGCUUUACCAUAGAAUGUGUGGUUACAUAUGAGGAUAAGGAUGGAGAUUGGAUGCUUGUGGGAGAUGUCCCUUGGGAUAUGUUUAUAGAGACGUGCAAGCGGUUGAAGAUCAUGAAGGGCUCCGAUGCGAUUGGAUUGGCCCCAAGGGCUAUGGAGAAUGGCAAGAGCAGCAGGAAGUAAUUAAUGGUUUGGUGGCAAGGUCUCCAUUUGUUUGUUUGUUCCCAUGAUGUCUGAUUAUUUAUGUUUAGUAUGACUGAGAAGAUGAUGGUGGCUUCAUCAUAAGUAAUAUAUACAUAGCAUGUGGUAUUGGAGCACAUACUUAUUUAAGUGGUAUGGACUAUGGAAUGUGAUUAAUUAUUAGUUAUUUUAUUAAGAGACUUUGAUUUUAGCAAUGGACAAUGUGAUUUCCUGGCUUUAUCUCUUGUGUUUGUGGUCUGUGAAUUGUGAAUCAACUAUGAAAUUGUGA